AUGGCAUCGUCGAGUGAUUUGAAAAAUUUGGAUGCAAUCAUCUACAGUUCUGGGAUAUCAAGACGUUUGAGAGAAAAUUUUCCCAAAACGAAUGAACUACUUCAAUGGAACCUAGAAAAAACUGCUGCCGUACUUUGUGCAAAACAAAUUUUUCAAUUGCUACAGAUGAAUAAGGCUCUUCAAUGUCCAUGCGUGGGUGACGACAAUGUGAAAACAUGGUCUGACUAUAAACAACGAAUCAUCGACUACUUGUUGACCGUUAAAGAUGAUAAGCGUUUGAAGCCAGCAUAUGAUGUUUUAGCUGGGUUUAUUCAUGAUCUUCAUUACAAAAAGUUUCCCACAUGGCCACAAGUAGGUACAACACAAGAAAGUGAAGUUUUCAUCGAUACUGCAAGUGGGUAUCCAAUCGAUGGGUUCUAUAUUACUUGGUCCUGUUUGGGUCACAUCACAGUUAAAGAUUAUCGAGCGAGUUCAUCAAACUACUACACGGAAUUCAAUGGUCGUCCAGAAAUCAAAGUGUUAUAUUGCAACGAAGAGAAAUUAAGGGAAUUCGAGACAAUCGCUAGCAGUAAUAUGGAUGAGGCAAAAAGGAAGAUUGGUGUAACCAAGCACACAAUCGAGUGGGACGACGAGUGGUAG